AGUAACAGAGCCAGCCACGACCGUCGUUACGUCUUUCACCUACAGCGAUGUGUUGCCAUGAGUUCUCCGAACUCGAUGGCUCUGGAGAGAGAGUUUCAUUUCCCUUCUAGGAAGUUUCCUUCUCGUUGAGUCUUCUUCAGUGAGGGCGAUGAGUCUGAAAUGUCGAUUUUGAGGGAAACAUUCUUUUGAUGUAUCGAGAGUCGCCUCCGGAAAUAGGAAUUCGCAGUGCGUCUGAGCUCUGGAGAUUGUCGACUAGCAACGUCCAAGCCUCGUUGCAGCUCGGCCCUCUGUUCUGAGAACGAGUAUUUCUCCCACCAGUCAUAUGCCGAAUCCGCUCUGGCUUGGCUCUCAAUGGCAGCCUCGAAGUAUGUGCUGGAGCGUGCAUGCAUUCCCAACAGAAGCUCUAUACCCAAGUCAGUUGGUUGUUGUGGUGGUGUGUUAUGCAUUCCAGUGAACCGUUAUGUGGAUCUUGGCUUUUGCACGGUUAUUAUAUCAAGGUAAAUCUCAUGGUUGGCCACAAAGUACCUACAGAUUCCCUCAUCCAGCUCGCUUUGAGACUCGUACGCUCGUUUUUGAAAGUGCUUUCUGCUCUCCAGUCAUUCCUUUGAACCUCUGCUAUUCGAUCACCUACCUUGCACAGCUUCGUUCCAGUCAACUCAACCCACCCGCCAACAUGAAGCGAUCUACCGAGGCCAUGCUCACAGCGGCAUUGCUGGUUACUACUGCUACUGCCCAGAGUUCCACCACGAUCAUCAACAACUCUCAAGACUCCGGUGUGACCACUGUCACUUAUUCUGUUUGUCCAACUGCAGUAACCACAACUACAACAUUGUCAAGCACGAUCAUUUAUUGUCCCGGACCGUACUGCAAUGGAGGUGGUCCACAGAUUACUGCACCACCUAGUGGUCCUGUCAGCGAAGGGGAAAUCCUUUCUUUCACCACGACAUAUCCCAAUGGAGAGGUCGGCGUCUACAACGAAUAUCUUACCGUUUAUGAUCAGCCCUGCGCCACUGGCACGGGCAUGGAGCAAGCUACCUACACCAUAACUGAAGCAUGUCCUUGUGAGACUCGCAAUCCGUCUUCCAUCCCAGCAGGCUUCACAACUACCGCCCUCGCAUGCGCCUCGUGUGGCGCAAAUGGCGAAGCUACAACUGUCACCAUCACCACUCCAUGUUCAACAGGUGCAUAUGCCUCUGUCACGCCGGAGGUCAACGGAAACAGCCCCACCGCAACAGAUUCGAGUCCGGCUGCUGCGUCGGGUGGUGCUUCAGGUAAUACUUCAGGCAACACCCCGGGUAACACGUCAGGUGAUAAAUCCGGCAAUACUUCUGGUGGAAGCUCUGGUAAUACUUCUGGAAAUACCUCUGGUGACACCUCAAAUGACACUCCUGCAGCUGCGUCUGGUGGCAGCUCAGGAAAUGCAGGUACCUCGGGCAGUGCGGGCACCUCUGGCUCUACUCCUGGCAGCACUUCGGGCAACACCUCUGGCGAUCUAGUCUCUGGCAAUGGCGGUACAAGUUCUCCAGCUGGGAUGGGAAGCUUGUCAGGCAACAGCACGAGUAACAGCAACGGCACUUGGCACAAUUCCCCGGCUGGAGCUGCAACUGGGGCUGGGACUGGAAGUAUGGGCGCUGGUCCAGGAGCGGCGACGUACACUGGUGGUGCCGGAAGACUUGCUUUUGCCCUGUCCGGAAUUUUGGUUACUGUUGUCGGUUGCACGGCCUGGAUGUUGUAAUUGGUGGUGAUAUGCGUUUGUGCUUUGUUUCUCUCAUGGGUUGACAUUCAUCUUUUGUUUGAGUUUCUGGGACAUAUGGCAUCAAUCGAACUUUGUUGCGCAGGAAUCCAGGGUAAGUGUACGUUGUAUGUUCCGGUUAAGUAGUUAGCAGUUUUCCUUAUAUCCCUUGAAGUCAUGGUCUAGCUCCCCCAUAACAAAUUCUACAACAAUGUAUCCUCC